AUGGGGCCUUAUCAACCGGAACUGGAAGCAUUUCCUAAAACUAAGUUUGGGAACAAGAUGCGUCAAUUUAAUCCUGAUUGGUAUAAGCCUCCAUACUCUGGUUGGUUGGAAUAUAACAUAAAAGAUGAUGCUGCAUUUUGUUUGUGUUGUUAUUUGUUCAAGAAUGAAUUUGAAAGUCGUGGUAAUGCGGGGAGAGCAUUUGCAAAUGAUGGUCCUGCGAGACUUAAAUCACAUGUUGGUGAAGUAAAUAGUACUCAAAAUAAAUGUUUCAAUAGGAUGCUAGAUUUUUCAAAUCAACGUCAAUCGAUUCGAGCUUCUUUGUCCAAUCUCAAUGAGAAAGACAAGAGUGAUUAUCGAAUUCGAUUAAAUGCCUCGAUUAAUGUGGUAAGGUUUAUCCUAAGAAAUGGAUUAUCAUUUCGUGGUCAUGAUGAGAGUGAAGAAUCCGAAUACAAAGGUUUUUUUCUUGAACUUUUGGAAUUUCAUGGAAAUAACCAUUCGGAUGUGUAA